UGAUCUCAAAAAGAAAAGAAAAAUUAAGCAGGAUCAGUUACUGUUUGGAUUGGAGGCCGCCAAGAAGUCUUCAGAUUAUAAACCUGAGUGGGAAAUUAAAAAGAAAAAAAAAUCCCAGAAGAAGGCAUGGCCAAUUAUUUCUAUAGUGCUGCCAAGAAAAUGUGUAAGACAUAUCCAUAAAAUCACCAGAGGGAAGGGAGUUCAAUCUCAAGGAGACUUGAUAAUCCACUUAAGGUACUUUCAAGAGGUGUGCUACAAAAGAAAAUUAUCGACAGAGAAAAAAGGGUGCAGAGCAUGGAGAAUGAUGAAUUUCCGUCAGAGGAUGGGAUGGAUUGGUGUGGGACUGUAUCUAAUAGCAAGUGCUGCAGCAUUUUAUUAUGUUUUCGAAAUCAAUGAGACUUAUAGUCGACUAGCACUGGAACACAUUCAGCAGCCGCCAGAGAAAUUUAAACAAGAAAUCAGUUGGAUGCAUUCCUUAAAAACACGUCUUCUCUCUGUACCCUUUUGGCUAUGGGUCAUUAUCUUUUUAAUACCUUAUUUACAAAUGUUCUUAUUUCUGUACUCAUGUACGAGGGCUGAUCCUAAAACAGUGGGCUACUGCAUAAUUCCUAUCUGCUUGGCUGUGGUUUGCAAUCGCCAUCAAACAUUUGCAAAGGCCUCCAAUCAAAUCAGCAGACUGCAUCUUAUUGACACGUAAGGAAACCAGUGUGGCUUGCCCUCUCCCAUUCCCCUGUGGCUGGGUUUUGAUAAGUUGAAGACCAUUUGAAUAUCUGAAAAGAACUUGAAAUUCUUUUUGUCAACAUUAACCUCUGGACAGAACACCUACCAACCUUCUAUUUUUUUUUAACAAGAUGAUUUUUAACUAUGGGGGUAUUCUAUUUGAUGAAAAGUUCUUUGAGAACAGGGGGUAACAUUCUUCAUAUUGGCCUUACAAAGCAGUUUCUACACUCCAUCUGAAGAUUUUAGAAUAAAUAUAUAUUUGAAACUCUAAUUCACUGUGCAUACUUCAAAACUUCAAGUUUCCUAUAAGCGAAUUGCUGAAAAUUGAAUUUACCUGUGUUUAUGUGUAAAUUUUGGAAUUAUUAUAAAAGUGGCAUUUGAGACAUUGUCCUUUCUCCUUUGAUGAUGUUGCACUAAAUAAAAUGGGAUUCCUU